AUGUUUACGAGUUCGAAUUAUAAAUUGAAUGAUAAAUGUGUGACUAAGGGAACACUUGCUACUGUUUUGAUCUCGAUUUUCUUAUCAACACUGUGUCUGACAGUGAUUACAGCUUCAGAUAAUGAUACUAGACUAGUUGAGAUUUUACCUUCACUACUAGGAGGUGUGGUCUUUUUCGGAAGUGUUUACCUCAUCAACCUUAUCAAAUCGCAAUUAAGAAAAAUUAUCAAUGAACUUAAUCUUAAUAGGAGAUCAUCAGUAAGGAAACCAUCUGUUGGUUCAGCAUUAGCAGCUCUAGAUCGAGAAUUACAUAGAAAACAUAAAUACUCACUCAAUACAGGAGUUAACAGUAUUAUCAAACUACAUAUAACUACUUAUUACUACUACUUAUAUUACUUAAGAGUACUAAUUAGAGUGUCAACGGCUGAGAUAUGUUUAUUUAUAUUGGAAGCGAAAGAUUCUAAAGAUAUAUUUUAUUCACCAAUUUUCUGGAUUAAUUCAUUAAUUUUACCUCCUCCUGUAUUAAUUUCAAAAUGGCUUUUAUUUCCUGAUUUAUCAUAUCUACAAGUUUAUUGGAUACAUGGUUUCAUUAUAUGGAUCAAACUCUUCAGUAUCAUCCAAUCAUAUAAUUAUAUUCAUUUAUAUAUCUUUACUAUUUGGAUAAAUAAUAGAAUAAUACAAACAAAAGAUGGAUCAGAGAAAGCAAAAUGUAUAUUUAGAAUAUCAUUAGGAAUAUUUUUCAUGUCAUGUUCAUUUGCAGGUUCAAUAUUUAUUAUGCAAGGUUGUCAUCCAUUUGAAGGCAAUUCACAAUAUUCAUAUUCAUUUGCUCAAUAUUUAAAUUAUUUCUAUCUAGCAAUUAUUACUUUCUCUACUGUGGGAUAUGGUGAUAUGAUACCAUUAACAGUAGAGGCUCGUAUGUGUGCAAUUUGUUAUAUAUUUUGGAUGGUUAUUUGGGUUCCAUUAACAAUUAAUAGAACACUUGAAAUUGUACUUGCAAAAAAUAUACUCAGUGGACAUUUAACUUCAUGGUAUUCAAUACAAUCAACAUUCUUAAUUUUUAUACUAUUUUUUAGGGCUGGAUUAAAGAAAUUUGUAUUAGUAAUUGGUGAUGUUGAUCCAGCACAAUUAUCGCAAUUCAUUUCCAAAAUGUAUUAUACCAAAGAUAAAUGUAAGAUAAUAGUAUUAACACCGAAUGAUAUUGAGGUGUAUACUACACAAAUAAAGCAAGCGGAUAAUUUAUCAAUAUCAUUAUGUAUAAUGAGAGGUGAUAUUGAGGUAGAUGGUCAUUUGGGUAUUUUGGACAUGAUUCAGGCAAAAUUAGCCACCUCAAUAUUUAUUUUAUCUUCUUUUAAAGGAUCAGAUUUGAGAUUAAAUGAUAUGAAAACUAUUGUCAGAACUAUCGGAAUUAAAAAAUAUGGAUGUAGAAGUGAAAAUGUCAUGGUACAAUAUUGCUCACCAAUUACACAUUCCAUCUUUCAAAGUCCAUUUGGUGUUGAAAUAAGUUUGAAUGAUUUGAAAUUAUCAUUGGUAACGAAAAGUAUAACAUGUCCAGGAAUAGUAACAUUGAUAGUAAAUUUAUCAUUGAACCAAUAUUAUAAUAUUGGAAAUACACAAAAUAAUUAUGUUAAUAGUAAAUCAAUUGCACUUUAUCAAUCUUAUUUAAGUGGUGCUGAAAAAAGUGUUUGUUUUCAUAAAAUACCAAAUUCAUGUCAAGGAAUUCUUUUCGAAGUUUCUAUACUUAACUAUUACUCAACUUACUACUUAACUAUAUCAUUAUGUGAUACAUUUUUUAAUUCGAAUGGUGUAAUUCUUAUUGGUAUAAUAUCAAUAGAUGAUCCUUUAAGUUAUAAAAUUAAUCCUACUGGUACUGAAUAUUACAUUAAAAAAGGUGAUACUGGAAUCUUCAUUCUUGAUUUUGAUUCUUGUCCUGAUUUAUCACAAAUGAGUACAAAGAAUAGUGCAUUAAUAAGAAGAAAUACGAUAUUAUUAAAAUUGAUCAAGAAUGGUGAUUUGGAAAUAGAUAAAGGAACAGGAAGUGAUUUAUCUACAUUAACAUAUGAUCCUGAAGAUAAUAGUGAACCAACGGGUGAUGAAAUUUAUAGAAUUGAACCAACAAUAAUAAUUCCUAAUCCAACUAUAAAUGAAGAAUACGACACCUCAUUCUCAAUUUUUGUUAAAAAUUUAACAUACGCAAGAGAAAAUGUUUUCAGAAAUAAAGAUUUACCCAUUAUCACCAUUUUAGGCUUUACUGAUUUUGUUAUUAAACUUCUAUAUCAUUUCUCUACAAUUAAUCAAUUCAACGUUAUUAUCGCAGGAAAUUCUGUAUACCACAUAUAUACACUAUAUAUAUUUACAUAUACAUAUAGACAUUACCCUAUUACACAUAGUAUUAUACUAAUUACCCUAUUACUCAUAGUUAAUAAGAUUAAUAUUGAAUUAUUAAAUCAGUUUAAAUCGUUUGUAGCAAUUAUUGAAGUUGAUUUAAUGAAAUAUACAGAUAUUAUAAGUUCUGAAUUACAUUUAUCAACAUUUUUUUAUAUAACACCGAAUCCGGUAGAUUUGAAAUUGGAAAAUAAUGCUGAUUUAUCAACAAUUGUUGUUUUUAGACAAAUUAGAAAUUUACUUAAAACUAUACGUAAAGUAAAUUAUCAAGGUAUUUGUAAUAUCUUUGGACUUGUUGAAUUACAAAAUUUAAAUAAUGUUACUUUUCUUGAUGAUUCCAAAUGGUCACAAUGGAAUGUAUAUAAUGAGAGUGUGGAUUCAUCAUUGAUAUAUAUAAAUUCACAAGAAUAUGCAAUGGGUCAAAUAAUAAGUGAUGAAUUAUUUUAUAAUGUUAUCAUUGGUUCAUUUUCAUCUAGCGAAAAUUAUAUGUUUUAUAAUAUCAUGAUGGAUCUAAUCAGUAUACCAUCUUCAAGACGUAAAAAUAGAGGAGUUGAAUUGUUUAAAUUAUCAGAUUUAAAUUUAAAGCCUGGAAAAUAUACAUUCUCUGGAGUUUUUAAUUAUGUUUUACAAGAAAUGCAAUCAAUUCUCAUUGGAUUAUUCCGAAUGUAUUUCAUUAAUCUAUUCAAUUAUACAAAUGCAAUUAAUCUAUUCAAUUAUUAUGGAGUAUCAAUGGAAAAUUAUGUAAUUUGUUCUCCGGAACCUGAUUUUGAACUUCUUGAAAAUGACAUGGUAUUUAUCUACUUAAUUUACUUUAUUAAGUUUAUUAAUUUAUUUGUUAAUUUAAUGUAUAGAUUUAUUUGA